UUUAGCCACCACACAUCUGCGGUAUAAAAGCAACCUACGUUGCAGCGCGCUUAGUUUCAUUUCGGAGUAGCCAAUUGUGAAACGUAUUUUCAACAUGAAAUUUCACACUAUAGUCCUGACCACAUUGCUUUUGGUGACCAUGAUUGCCGCGUAUCCACAGAAAGAUGGGCAAAUCUUCAGCAAUGAGGCGAUCCGGCAAGCUCAGAAUACUUAUCUUAUCCCGAAGGAUGCGACUAUACAAAAAGUUCAAGAGGGUAUUGAAUUGGCCGCUUACGAAUCAAUCCCCGGGGAUCAGAGGAUCAAUCUUUUCGAGAUCUUGGGCGAUCAUGUGCCACCCGAAGUGGUGAACAAUCUUCAGACCCAAAUCGAUCAAAUAGGUCGACAUUAAAUUCUUCCCUCUCGCAUAAUUGUCAUUAUCGUCAUCGUCAUGUCAAAAAUAAUCAUAUUUUAAGUGCCUUUGUAGAAAAGUAUUUGUAAAUAAGUGAUUCUCUUGUAUCUUGCUUUUGUAUUACAAAAAUUUUUUUAAGUCUUGUAGAAAGUUUUCACUUUUCGUAAAUACAUUGUAUGAAAAAUA